GCCUCCUCGUCUACACACUACACCUACACCCGUGCACGGACGGGGCUCUCCAUUCUCACCCACGAUCGGCCGCCUCCCGACGUGGUCAGCGCUCGGCCAAGCUGCCAAGUGCGAACUCUCCUCUUCAAGACUUCUUCAGGUGUCCAAGUGCUUCCAACCAUUUCUUCAUGCGUGGCUCUAUGCUUCGUGCUGCGGCCUCGUGAUCGUGCCUCCACCGCCAGCCGCGCACUCCCCCUGCCUCCGACACCCGGAUCCUCCACGCCCGCGCCCGACGGAAUGCCGGCCGAGCGCGUCGACGUCGCGGUCCUCUCGCGGACGCUGGUGCGGGCGUCCGACCCGCCGCGGGGCUUCCCCGCGGUCCUCCCGGUCUCCAACCUCGACCUCAUCCUCGGCUCCUUCCACAUCUACCUCGUGUCCGUCUACCCCGCCCCGGCCGCGGGCUUCCCCGCCGUGGCUGCGGCCGCGCGCGCCGCUCUGCCGGCCUUCCUCUCCCGCUUCUUCCCCUUCGCCGGCCGCAUCGUGGCCGACGCCUCCACCGGCGUGCCCGAGGUCGCCUGCGACAACGCCGGCGCGGAGCUCGUGGUGGCGGAGGCCGCGGCGCGGCUGGCGGACGUCGACUUCGCCGACGCCGACCGCUCGCUCGCGCGCCUCGCGGUGCCGUUCCAGGAGGGCCUCGCGCUGUCGCUGCAGCUCGUCCGGUUCGCGUGCGGCGGGUUCGCGCUGUCGUGGGGCUCCGACCACCUGCUCGCGGACGGCCACGGCCUGACGGCGCUGCCCAACGCGUGGGCGGAGCUGCUCCGCACCGGCGGCCUCUCAUGGGAGCCGCACCACGAGCGGGCCUCCCUCUUCCGCCCGCGCUCGCCGCCGCGGUUCAGCCCGUCGCUGGACGCCGAGUUCACGCGGUACGAGCCGGCGGGCCUCCCCAACGCCCUCCUCACGGCCACCCUCGUGCGCCGCAACUACGUGGUCUCCGCCGCGGACGUCGCCCGCCUCCGCGCGGCGGCCAGCACCCCGGCCCGCCGCGCCACCCGGCUCGAGGCCCUGUCCGCGCACGUCUGGAAGCUGCUCGCCGCGGCCGUGGGCGGCUCCGACGCGCGCUGCCGCAUGGCGUGGCUCGUCGACGGGCGGCGCCGCCUCGACCCCGCCAGGUUCGACGCGGACGCCGUGCGCCGGUACCUCGGCAACGUGGUCACGUACGCUUCGCGGGAGGCGGCCGUGGAGGCCGUGUCGUCGUCCCCGCUGCCCGACGUGGCGGCGAUGGCGGGCGCGGCCAUCGCGGGGGUGUUCCGGUCGGAGCGGUUCGAGGAGCUGGUGGACUGGAUGGAGGCGCGCAAGGGGGUGUUCCGGGAGGGUGGCAAGUGGACGGAGGCGGUGGGAGCCGGCACGGGGAGCCCCGCGCUGGUGGUCUCGGCGUUCGUGGCGUUCCGCGUGGAGGGGGACUUCGGAUUCGGGCGCCCGCGGCUGGUGAUGCCGUGGGUGCGCCCCGGCCGGCUCGGGUCGGCGGCCAUGACGGUGGCGCGUAGCCCGCGGGGGGACGGGUCGUGGGUGAUCACCGCCAGGCUGUGGCCGCGGCUGGCCAACGCCGUAGACGCGGACCCGGAGGCCGUGUUCAAGCCGGCCGCGGCCGCGGCGCUCGGGUUCGGCGACCUCGAGCCGGCGGACGGGGUGCAGCAUGCGAGCCGCUUGUGAGGGUGGGGCGUCUGGCCGUGCCGACGUGGCGCGGACGGACGGCGUCGGAGCUGUGCCGCUGACACGUUGUACAGUGGCAAUUCUUGUCGACACCAUCUCAGGACAAAGUAUUUUUUGGACCUACUAUUGUUGAGUUAUUUUUUCCCCUGUCGAUUCAUGCGAUAAGUUUCCGUCGUGACCGAACAAGUAGCUGUGAGACCAUCCAGACCUUUUGCAAGCUGCAUCUAUGCAAGUCAAGGGGUGAUGUCUGUCAGGAGAUUAUUCUGUAAUCACCUUUCUCUAGAGCUGAAUUAUUCCAGUCCCUCAACGGUAGACGAAAAGAACUUCAUUUUUACCGGA